AUGCAUAGUCUCGCGGCGCUAUCGUUAUGGCUCUGCGGAGCUGGAUUAGCCCUGGCCGUACCGAACACAUCUUCCUUCGAGAACGUCGAGACAGAGAAUGGACGUAUCACAGGCCAUCGCUCGCUUGAGGCAAACGGGGUCUGGAAAUACUUGGGUACCCCGUAUGCACAACCGCCGCUCGGAGCAUUGCGAUUCGCUGCACCGCAGAGGUACAAGGGCAAUGGAACAUAUAUUGCAGCCAAUUUCGGAUAUGACUGCCCGCAAAUCGCUGCCACCCAGCCUGCAUUUCCUGGUUUCACUGAUCAAGCCUUGACGUUACUUAGUGCCGGGACACUUCGAAGUGAGGACUGUCUCACUUUGAACAUAUGGUCAAAGCCAACAUUAAAAUCGGUCAAGGCGAAGAAGCCUGUUUUCGUUCUAUUCCAUGGAGGACGUUUUGCUGGCGGUAACACCAACACACCAUUCGCAAAUGGCCAAUACCUCGCUAACAACGAGGAUAUCAUCGUUGUCUCCGUCAACUAUCGACUGAACGUUUUCGGUUUCCCUGGAGCACCAGACGCAGAUACUAACCUUGGACUGCGUGACCAACGUCUGGCAGUCGAAUGGCUCCAAAAGAACGUUGCAGCAUUUGGCGGAGAUGCAAAGAAGAUUGUUAUCGCUGGCCAAUCUUCUGGCGGUGCAGCUGUCGACUGGUGGUCUUAUGCUUAUCAAGAGGAUCCUAUCGUCCAUGGUCUCAUGUCCACAUCAGGCAACACGUUCAGCUUCCCUAUGAACUCGCCAGAGCGACAAAGGUCUAACUGGGACAACAUCACUUCUCUAGUAGGCUGCGCUUCCUCAAACGACACAAUGGCCUGCAUGCGCAGCCAACCCUGGGAGACGCUCUCAAAAGCCGUAACUAAGAUUGCUCCCAGUCCGGGUGGCAGUCCAGUCCGCUCAACGCCACCGUUCUACCCUCUGGUUGACAACGAAACGGUUUUCGCUGACUACAUUUCUCGCUCGGCAUCUGGCGACUUCGCCAAGUUACCUUAUUUCCAUGGCCAUAAUGAUCACGAGCAGGGCUACUACGUCAUACCGGCUUUUGCUCAAGGUCGAAAUGUUACGGAGCAGCAAGCCAGUCAAUUCCUCCUAGAGUCUUUCGUUUGUCCCAUCUCCUACGAAGCUAGAGCACGUGUCGAUGCUGGUGUUCCCACGUGGGUUUACCGGUACUAUGGUGACUGGGACAACACACGUCUAUACCCUACAUCCGGUGCAUACCACGGAACAGAACUACACAUGAUUCUAGGGGGCUCUGCAGAUGCCAGUGGUCUUCCUGAAACGCAGGUUCAAAAAGAUACUGUCAGACUUGUGCAGCGCGCUGUUGCGGCGUUUACUGAGGAUCCGAAGGAAGGGCUGACGAAAUUGGGGUGGCCGGUUUUUGACCCAGAGAAGAAGAGCUGGGGCGAGAUUGCUGUGAAUAACAAAGCUAAGGUGACAUUUGCGAAGCCCGAGAAGUACGACGCGAAUUGUGGUAACAUCACUCUUGGGGCUUUGCAAGGUAUGUCGUAG